AUGGAUCAAUUGGACGCUCAGGCUAUCGAAAGCUCUUCUGGGAGCGAAAAGGGUCAGAGCAAUAGCCGAAUGAACGGCAGCAGCAGAGGAAGACGACCCAGCAUCAUUCUGCCGCCACGAGAUGAACGCGACCAGCCAGACGCAAAGCGCAGGAGAAAGGAGAAGAAGAAGGCAGCUCGGCGGGCGAAAAGGGAAGAUGCGGAUGUGGACGGCGACAGCACCAGCAGCAAUGUGAAGACGGGCGCAGAAACGGCCCUGGCCAAGACAAACGGCCCGCUCGUCGAUUUCGAGGGCCUCAGCCGCCCCAGCUUUGGAACUCAGGAGCGUCGAAAAGAAACACCCGAAGGAGCAGCUCUACGUCUGGAGCGCAUGAAGGGCGCCGUACGGACGCUGCUAGAAUGCGUUGGCGAGGAUCCCAACCGCGAAGGCCUCCUCGCCACGCCGCAGCGCUACGCAAAGGCCAUGCUGGACUUUACAAAGGGCUACCAGGAGGACAUUUCAGAUAUUGUCAACGGGGCCAUUUUCCAAGAAGGCCACAACGAAAUGGUGAUUGUCAAGGACAUUGACGUCUACUCCCUGUGCGAGCACCACCUCGUGCCCUUCAUGGGCAAGAUGCACAUUGGCUACAUCCCGAACAACGCCGUGAUUGGCAUUAGUAAAUUGCCGCGCAUAGCGGAGAUGUUUGCGCGGCGGCUGCAGAUCCAGGAGCGCCUGACAAAGGACGUGGCGAAUGCGAUUUUCGAGGUGUUGGCGCCGCAGGGGGUGGGUGUUGUGAUGGAGAGCAGUCAUUUGUGUACGGUGAUGAGGGGCGUGCAGAAGACGGGGAGCACGACGAUUACGAGUUGCGUGUUGGGGUGUUUUGAACGGAGGGAGAAGACGAGGAAUGAGUUUUUGAGUUUGAUUGGGGUGAAUCGGAGGUGA